GAACCAGGAUGAGGGAGAUAGUUCACAUCCAGGCAGGACAGUGUGGGAACCAGAUUGGGACAAAGUUUUGGGAGGUGAUCAGCGAUGAACACGGCAUCGACGCAGCAGGAAACUACGCGGGCGACUCAGCACUUCAGUUGGAGCGAGUCAGCGUUUACUACACAGAGGCGUCCUCACAUAAAUAUGUCCCCCGCUCUGUGCUCGUCGACCUGGAACCAGGAACCAUGGACAGUGUUCGCUCAGGAGCUUUUGGACAACUGUUCAGACCAGACAACUUCAUAUUUGGUAACACACACACGCGCACGCACACACAAACAGCUGUCAUGGGCGUCGCCUUCAUGUUUCAUCAUGUGUUUGUGGAGAUGGUUUUAUAUUUCACUCACACACGCACACACACAUGUUCUCUCUUCUGAUUGGUCGCUCACAGGUCAGACAGGUGCAGGGAACAACUGGGCCAAAGGUCACUAUACGGAGGGGGCGGAGCUCGUGGACUCAGUGCUGGACGUUGUGAGGAAGGAGUGCGAGCACUGCGACUGUCUCCAGGGAUUCCAGCUGACUCAUUCGCUCGGUGGCGGCACUGGCUCGGGAAUGGGAACGCUGCUGAUUAGCAAGAUCCGGGAGGAAUAUCCGGACCGGAUCAUGAACACCUUCAGCGUGAUGCCGUCGCCUAAGGUGUCAGACACCGUGGUGGAGCCAUACAACGCCACGCUGUCGGUCCAUCAGCUUGUGGAAAACACGGACGAGACGUACUGCAUCGACAACGAGGCCCUUUACGACAUCUGCUUCCGCACACUCAAACUGACCACGCCCACCUACGGUGACCUCAACCACCUGGUGUCGGCCACCAUGAGCGGCGUGACGACGUCGCUGCGCUUCCCCGGUCAGCUUAAUGCUGACCUUCGUAAACUGGCCGUGAACAUGGUCCCUUUCCCCCGACUUCACUUCUUCAUGCCGGGGUUCGCGCCUCUGACAGCGCGGGGCAGCCAACAGUACCGUGCCCUCACUGUCCCCGAGCUCACACAGCAGAUGUUCGACGCCAGGAACAUGAUGGCGGCCUGCGACCCUCGCCACGGGCGCUACCUGACGGUCGCCGCGGUCUUCCGUGGACCCAUGUCCAUGAAGGAGGUGGAUGAGCAGAUGCUGAACGUCCAGAACAAGCACAGCAGCUACUUUGUGGAGUGGAUCCCCAACAACGUCAAGGUGGCCGUCUGCGACGUGGCGCCGCGGGGGCUCAAAAUGGCCGCCACCUUCAUCGGCAAUAGCACGGCCAUUCAGGAGUUGUUCAAGAGAAUCUCGGAGCAGUUCUCGGCCAUGUUCCGCCGGAAGGCCUUCCUGCACUGGUUCACCGGCGAGGGCAUGGACGAGAUGGAGUUCACGGAGGCCGAGAGCAACAUGAACGACCUGGUGUCCGAGUACCAGCAGUACCAGGAGGCGACCGCCAACGACGGGGACGACACCUUCGAGGACGAGGACGACGCCGUAGAUGAGUGAGACAAAUGUGAGGAGGUUGAUGUCAGGAUGCCGCGAGAAUCAGUCACUGAGACGUCAGACGCUCGUGAUUUUCUAGUUUUAGUAAUGAAUUCAUUUAAUAAACUCAUUUAGAGCAGAGGCGAUGAUGACUGAUCGUUUAAUAAUUGAUCACUAAAACAAACCUCAGCGGUUUGGAUGAUCAAUUAAUCUGUUUUUUCUUUAAUAAUUAAAACCAGUCUGUGUGAUUUUU